UCGAGAAGCCUGAGAUGGAGGGGCAGUGGUUCAGGAUCUGGGCUGUACCAGGGCCCAGGGUAGGAGACGUGGUCUGGUAUGCACUGACAUGGGCUGCCUGGAAGGGGGUCCGGGAUGGGGCUGUAUGUGCAGCGAGGCUGGGUGUGAGCCCUGAGCACUGAUUCUUCCUCAGGUACAAACCCAAUGUGUGCCCAUCCCUCCCUUGGACCCGACUCUGAGGUUCUGUGUCCCUGUCCUCCUGCACUGGGUCACCUGGUUUGCUGGCAGCUGGCUCCCCACACACAAUUGCAAGUAGCACCCUGGCCAGUGGGAUGCUUUGCUUCCCCAAAUCAUUGAAGACACAUGAUAACAUCAGCCAUAGGCUCCCAAAGGACGGCACUACUUUUCUUCUAAUGAAUGAAAUUAGGAAGUCAGUGAAGAAAAAAAAAAAAUAAGGGAAGUAGGUGAGAGAAACUAAAAAAAAAAUGAUUUAGAGAAAAGCAAGCACUUUGCCUCUGAGUUCAGUUCAAGUCCCCAGAGGGCAACUGGCAUUAGCUGAGCAUCAGAGAGACAACCCAGGCAGGCAGGACAUGUGGCUGUUCCUGGUUCUGUUCCUUCCCAUCGUCCAAGGCUCAUAUCCCCUCAUGGCAGUGUCAAAUGCAGUGAGUGGCCCCGUGCGGGGCUCGCUGACCGUGCAGUGUCGCUAUGAACCUGGGUGGGAGACCUACAAGAAGUGGUGGUGUCGAGGAGCUAAUUGGGAGAACUGCCGUAUCCUUGUGAAAACCAAUGGAUCAGGGGAGAAAGCAAAGGGUAACCAAGUGUCCAUCCAGGACAAUCAGAAAAUGCGCAUGUUCACCGUGACCAUGGAGGAGCUCAGGUGGAACGAUGCAGACACCUAUUGGUGUGGGAUUGAGAAAUCUGGAACUGACCUUGGGGUCAAAGUCAAAGUGACCAUUGACCCAGUGACCAUGAAAUGUCACUAUGGCCCAGAGUGGGAGACCUACGUGAGGUCCUGGUGUCAAGAUGCUGAUUUGAGUAGCUGCAACAUCGUUGUUCAAACCACUGGAUCAGAGUUGAAGAAGAACCAUGUGUCCAUCAAUCAGAAAAAGUGCACAUUCUCCAUGCUCAUAUGGGGGAAGUAAAACAACUUUUGAAAAAAAUGAGCUGGUGUUUUUCUGAGUUGCUCCCAGGCGUUUUACAAAAUGACAUCCCUGUUCACUCCUGAAAUCUGGAAAUUUAGAUAAGGACCCAAGCUUAGAAUUCUUCCAUAAGUUCCUUCUUUGCUUUUUCUGGGGCACCUUUUAAAUUAACCCCUUGGAUUUCAUUCUGUGAAAAAUCAGUGACCUCUUCCCCGACCCCCUUGUAAGUCACAGGGGCUCUCAGUCUCCUGCUUGUUCGUGGUCCAGGAUGGGGGACUGCCCUUCCUCAGGCUCUCCCCUGGAUCUGUAAACAAUAAAUGUUGUGACGCUGCUUCCAUCGUGUGGGUGUAUUGAAACUGCGCCUUUCAUUAAAACGUCCCUGUCCCUGGGUGGUUCAUGUCCCUAAAGUGGGAGUGUGGCUAUGGAGGGAGCUACCUACCUGCCCACCCACGUGGGUGGUUGUGCCUCCUCAUGCAGCAGGUCGUGAUUUGCAUCUUCUUAAUUCAAUGAACCAGCUCUGGCUUCUAAAUACACACGGAGGAACUCAGGCAAGUCAAUGCAGACACAGCCUGGUGUGGGAUUAGGAGAGUUGGAGAU